AUGUCCAUAGACACAGACAUACUAAUAAUUGGCGCCGGCUCGGCGGGCAUCGGCAUCGCAGUCCAGCUACAAAAACACUACCCAAGCGCCAGCUUCGAGAUCCUGGAAAUAAACAACCGGGCUAGGCGGGACCUGGUCCCAUCCCAUUUCUACUCCUUCUCCUUCGCCAUCAACCCAAACUGGAGCAAGAAGUACGCGCCACAGGCUGAGAUCGCCGAGUACCUGGUCUCACUGGCUGAGGCAGUGCCCGCGUUUGAUGAGGUUACUGGGACGUGGGUUGUGAAUGUGCGUGAUGAGUCUAGUGGUGCGGUUUACACACGUCGCUCGAGGAUACUGAUAUCUGCGGUCGGGGCGCUCUCUGUUUCCCGUGAGUGCGAGAUUCCGGGCGUGGGGAGGUAUUCGGGGAUAACAUUUCAUUCGGCGAGGUGGGAUCAUUCUUUUGAGUGGGAGGGGAAAGAUGUUGUUAUCGUUAUGCACUACGUCCCACUCGCAAUACGUCUGUACCGAUUCUACCUGUGCGCGAUGAUGGAGAAGGAUUUUCUAGGCUUCUACCAGGAAACCGGUGGGUCAAUUCGGGAGGGCUUGGAGCGUACGCAGAUCGAGUAUCUCAAGCAGACUGCGCCGGAGAGGUAUCAUGAGGUCCUGAUCCCGCGCACGGAAAUCGGGUUGGCACACAUUCUCCUCCGCUCCGCACAAGACUACUACGGAACCUGCGUCUCGGAAUUCCCAAAUUUCUUCAUCUUAAUGGGCCCCAACACAACAACCGGGCACCUCUUUGUCCUCUUCCCCACAGGAUGCGAAAUCAACUUCAUCCUCCGCGUCCUCCGCCCCAUCCUAUCCGCCCUCUACCCAUCCACCCUCAUAUCGUUACUCACAACCCCCAUCCAACACCUCCUCCCCCUACUCCCGGAUACCCAAGCUGGUGUGGGCGACGGGCUGCACGAGCUGUUCAAGCUCUGGGCACGCAGCGUGUUUGUGCCCAUGGGCGACUUUCGAUUUGGCAGGAGUCCUGUACGACUUUCUCGUGGUGGGCUUUCAGGUCAGCACAACAUCGAAAAGCAUGACGGGUUUCGCCGACUAUGCACCGGGCUGGGCGUCGGCGUUGUUGCGAUGGCGGUUGGGGUGAUGGUGCAUGGAUUGCAGAUUGAGCUAGAGAGAGAGAGGCGCGCGGCGUGA